AUGACUUUCAAGCGAAUGAUUGGAGGGAGAAACAAGAACGGCCGUGGCCAUGUCAAGUUCAUUCGCUGCUCUAACUGCGGCAAAUGUUGUCCCAAGGACAAAACUAUCAAGAGGUUUUUGGUGAGGAAUAUUAUUGAGCAAGCUGCAGUUAGGGAUGUUCAAAAAGCUUGCGUUUAUGAAACUUACACCCUUCCCAAGCUUUAUGCAAAGAUGCAGUACUGCGUUUCAUGUACAAUCCACUCUCAUGUUGUGAGGGUCCGAUCUUGCACUGAUAGGAGGAUUCGUGAUCCACCUCAACGCUUUAAACUUCAAGAGGAUCUGCCAAAACCUGGUGCUCCUGGUCAAGCUGCACAUCCUGCAAGAGCACCGGCUACUGCUCGUACUUGA